AUGAGCCGCAACUUUUCCGCCGCCGCCGCCUUUUCCUUUUGGGCUUUGCUUGUGCGGUUCAGGGAAGCCGCGCCCAAAGCCCUGUCCUCCCUGAAUCUUACCGACGGAUGUGGAGCAAGGCCUGCUAUAGUUAACAUAACAGCAGAGACUCAAAUUGUAGGUGGACAUAUUGCUCAGCUUGGAGCAUGGCCAUGGCAAGUUAGUCUUCAGAUUUAUCGUGUUCGAUCAGGUCGAUAUCGGCAUGUAUGUGGCGGAUCUUUAAUUAAUAACAACUCGGUACUGACAGUAGCACGUUGCAUUAAGAAAUGGGUGAACCCAGAAUAUUGGAGAGUUGUGAUUGGUUUACAUCAUCUUUAUAAACCUCAUUCUCACACCAUAAGUCGUCGGGUGAAAAGUAUCAUUGUCCAUUCUGGUUUCAAGUGGGACAGCUAUGAAAAUGAUAUUGCAAUGUUUAAACUUGUGAAGCUUGUUGAGUACAAUAAAUAUAUUCAACCUAUCUGCUUACCUCACAAUUCUCAUCUAGUGACUGAUAAGAAUCCAUGUUACAUAAGUGGAUGGAGAAACAGAAAGAAAAAAGACAAAAUUAAAAUUGAAUUACAAGAAGCUCGAGCAAUUAUUAUUCCACUAUAUGUCUGUAAUAAAUAUGAAUGGUAUAAAGAAAAAUUACCAACUGAUAUGAUUUGUGCCUCUUCAUCAACAAAUAGCUGUAUGGAAGAUAGUGGUGGACCUUUGAUGUGCUAUUUCCCGAGCGUAUCCCAAUACUAUCUGAUAGGCAUCACAAGUUUUGCCACUGGCUGUAAUCAAGAUAAAUAUCCAGGACUUUAUACGCGUACAGUGAGUUACAGAAAAUGGAUAGAUUUUCAUCUUCAUGAUAAAACCACAACCACAGUGAACAUCCAAACUAAUUUAGAGAAAAAAUUAUAA